AUGCCCGAGAAACCGACCUCGGUCGUGUCAUACGCUGCUGGUGCCUCUCUCGCCGCGGCUGCGCUCAUCUACGUCUUUGCGCCAAACUUCUCCAUCGACCACGAUCCGACAAGCUCCAAGAAAAAAUCUAUCGUUGGCUUGAAAAACCAAGCCAAUGAUUGCUUCAUCAACUCGGUUCUCCAGGCCCUCGCCGGCUUGGGAGAAUUGCGCAUAUAUCUGAUCCGCGAGACCCACCGCCGCCGUAUCGAAGACCCUGCCGUAUAUGCCAGUCUCGUCCAGCCAGAGGGCAAGGAGAUCGCUCAAUGGAAGCUCCAGGGUCUACAAGAAGGGCUUGUCACACAAGGACUGAAAGAGAUGCUGGAUGCGCUUAAUGAGCGCCCCAUCUACAAGAAGUCCAUCUCGCCGUUCCAGUUCGUCAAGGUUCUGGAGGUCGCUUUUAAACAAAGGAUCAGUCGCCAACAACAAGAUGCGCAAGAGUUUCUCCAAAUUGUCGCCGAGCGUCUUAAGGACGAAUAUCACUGCGGCCAACGAGCGAGACUACAUGUGCGCAGACGAGGCCUCUUCCCGACUCCCAGUCCCAGUGACCCAAGCGUCGAUAAGACGCCAGAAUCCCAGGUCAAUGGCAAGGACGGCGACGAGGCCUCACCGGAACAGCAACCUACAACGAACGGUGAUAACGACUCAGCUAUCGAACCUUCCGAAGAAACCGAGAUUCCCCAGAUCAACGGCCAGCUACCUUUAGAACUCGAGGAGGGCUUCCCCAUGGAGGGAAAGUAUGAGUCGAGCCUCGAGUGCCAGACAUGCCGCUACAAGACCAAGCCCAGAGAGGAGACUUUCUGCACCAUAACCUUGGCUGUACCCCAAGUGUCAGGCACAACACUGAAUGCUUGUUUCGACGGCAUAUUCAAAACCGAGUAUAUCGACGACUUCAAGUGUGAAAUGUGCCGAUUGCUACAGACAAAAUCCGACUUGGAAGCCGAGAUGGCCAAGUCGACCUCAGACCAUUUCAAGGCGCAAGCCAAGGAAAACAUCGAAAAGCUCCAGUAUGCCAUUGACACGGAUCCCGAGAAUCCUCCGGAAGACGUCGAGCUUGGGGACAUCCGGUUUGCGCCAAAGAGAAGGAUCGCAAAGACGACCCGAAUGUCCAUAUUCCCAAAGAUCUUGGCUAUCCACCUCUCCCGUUCCAUCUACGAUGUGGGACAAAUAACACAGAAGAACUCCGCCAAGGUGGUCUUCCCGGAACAGCUACCGCUAGGAGGCUUGAUGGAUCAAAAGAAGUACAAGCUGCUUGGUCUGGUAACUCACCGUGGCGGUCACAACAGUGGUCAUUACGAAGCGUUCCGACGACAGAACCUCGCCGCGCCCUUCUCCAACCACAAUACCUUCCAGGCCUCCGAAGCAUUUAGCAAGACGCCAACACCUAUAGGGACCCCCGUGCUGGGAGGCAGACCAACGCACAGCCCUGCAAUUUCCACCCCCGAUCUCCUCUCCGCCUCGUCUGGCAACUCAUCGACGCCUUCUUUAGAAUCUCUGCCUAUCCCACCUAGGAGUGUACCGGCAGACCUGCGUGGCGCAGUGAGCCUGCCUGUCAUCGGCAAGCAGAAAGACCCCGAAACCAGCAGCCUUCGCUCGGUCGCGGCGUCGACAAAGUCGGCACUCUCCAAACUCACGUCGCCCAAGCAGACCAACAGCAGCUCAUCAACCCCUGGACCCGUCAUGUCCAACGUCUCAAAACGAUCCAAGAAGCGAAAGCCGUCAUCAGAUAAGUGGUGGCGCGUCAACGACGAGAAGGUCAAGGAGGCAAAGACCAGCGAAGUCUUGGGCAUGCAGAGGGAGGUCUAUUUGCUCUUUUACGAGCUCGACAAAGAUGCUUAG